CAUUCGCCCCCCAAAAAAAAAAAAAAAACAUUUAUUAUAUUUACCAAAGCAAGCCACAAAUAUGAUCUGAAUUACUAUUUUCACGCUUUCUCUGAAAUUAAACAAUGAAAAACAGGUUAGGAGAUUCCAUGUCCAAAGCCUCCCACAACUAGUCUCAAUGGCUUCAAAGUUGGAAGUGCCAGUUUUCACCAACACCAACUUGGGCACUCGGGUUGCCAUGGCGGUCCCUCCAGACAUCACAGCAGCUGAUUUCAAGACCUUUUGGUUUCCCAAAGGCCCAACUGGGAAAGAAUGCAUUUUUAUGCGUUUCCUUCUCACUUGAUGGUUUCAGUUGUCUUAUUCAGCUUCUGGGGUGAGCUUCUGCGAUGGGUUUUAGCAGAAAUGGGUCUCUCUACUGAUAUUUUUCUAACCCAGCAAAGGGGUUUUUUUUAGUGUUUUCAUUUCUAUUUUUUAGAAGGAAAAAAAAAAAAAAAAAAAAAAAAAAAGAACUUCUUACUGUUUGCAAUUUUUUCUCAUUAUUAUUUUUUUCUAAAGUAUUGCUGAUUUGAGUGCCAUGAAGUUCCUAUUGGACUAAAUAGUUGAUGUAGUCUAAGCAUGCUGAUUGUAGCCCAAUAUAUAACUCAACCAAAGCCGAAACUAAGUGAGCAGUCCAUUUAUUUCCAGCCAGCUGGUGCCAAUGUGGGGAACUUGAGAGAGUGCACCUCAAAUGUUUCCCAAAAUCAGGAGAAAUUGAAGUUUGUGGACUUAUGGUAAAGCGAAAAUCAUGCUUCUAUCACCUGCCUGAUUCAAUGCCCAUGAAGUUGGCAUUCCAAGGAGUGAGAAGAACAUGGUUUCUUCAUGUAGAAGCAAGAAGUUUGACCAAUUUCAAUAGACCAUCGUUACCUCAAUUUGUGGCUACAGAUGUUGGUUAUGUAUCAAGUCCUGGUAAGGGCAAGAGAGAAUGCAAAGAAAAAGAAAUUGGAGAAAAGGGAUUGCAGUUUCAUGAACUUUCAUUAGAAAGGCUUCAGAGACCUCUCAAUGUUUCAGAGGAAAAGAAGAAGAAUAAGAGAGAAACAAAAAACUGCUACUUUGGUUACAAGACAAAUGGAAAUGGGUUUGAAUGCAUUGGUGCAAACAAAAAUACUUUAGUUCCAACUGCCAAGAGUGUUUGUGAGCACCCUGCAUCUGCAGAAAAUGUUGAGCCUAGAGAGGAAUGGGCUUCUAGAUCAAUGGUAGAGGCUCCAAGUGAGAUGUCAUCAGAAACAAAAUCUGUUACCAGUAUCAUUAACAGAUACUUUCCAAACUUCAAGGAAGAUAGCAAUUUUAUAAGCCCUACAAGUUCUGAGGUAACAUCUAGAGCCAACAAGCCUUGCAGGGAAGAACGUUUGACUAACUGCUCAAGCAUUCAAGUUGAUUCCUUUCCUCAGUAUUCUAGAAAAGGCUCUUCUUAUUUGCUUCCUUCCCCACCAUCAACCAAAACUGGUCAAGGAGCAAGGUAUAACUUCAAUAGACCUGAAGUGGGGAAACGCCUUGUCAUGGCUUCAGGUAAUCUCGGCAUUUCUCCAAGUAAGCAGAAAACUGCAAUCUAUCUCUGCCGCAUGAAAGAUGGAAAAGUUUUGGGUCUCAACUCAAGUUCAGUAGUUAAACAACCACAGUUUGAGAUAAGUGACAGUGAUGAAUGAACAGUUCCAGAGUGUAUCCUGGUGAACUGAGACAACUGUGCAUUAUAAUGUCAUGCUCUUACAACAGAAGUUCUACUCUGUCUAGCUUCACAAUAUCAAUGGAUAACCUGAAUGCACUGUAAUUGAUUAUUUGGAGUGGCCGAUUUGUGGAGAAAUGGAGGAUUGGAAGAGCUUUCUCUCAAGCAAGAUCAGAGGUGUGAACAGUCUAGAAUCCUUUAACUUUCAAUACAAAGUUACAUCCAGAUCAUUGUCGUCAUUUUUGGUCUUUUUAUAAAUUUGAUGCUGUUAUCUUUUCCUGGAAACAGAGUAAACAAGGGUAUGAGUUAACAUGAUAACAUUCAACAUAGCCAAAAGAAAAAGAAAAAGAAAAAGAAAACAAUCCAAGAAAUAGAACGGUUGAUCCUCGCGGAGAUUUUCAAUUUUUUUUUGAGAUUGUGAUAGUUUUGAUAAUGGGAUGGAACUAAAACCUCCUGUUCGUGAAUGCUUCUGAUUUUUAGAUUCUAAAAAGUGUAAAGAUAUAAUAGCUUAACAAAUUAUUUCCAUUUGCACAA